AUGGGGUAGCGAAGAUGUUCAGCCAUGAAAGGGUUAAGCAGGGAGGGUCCCCCCGGGUGGGCGGCACACGGCACCUGCUUUGCACAGUGGCGUUUCGAACUUGUGACAUUUGCCUUCCUCCAGCCCCUGCCUUUCCCUCCCUUCCCGCCCAGCCCCGGGGACAAAGGUAGGCGCCACCUCGGCAGCACGCCGCCCUGUCGCUCACUGGCCCCUGCUCUCUCCCAUUGGUCUCCAGGGGCAGCAUCCUUCGGCGGACACCUGGGGGAGCAGCCGGCGAGCGGGAGCUGAGGGCGCGGGCGGGACUUGCACGCUGGGGAGUGUUCAAACCUCCCUCCCCCGGCCACACACACUGACAGGCGGAAGAUUGGGCAACUUGGAGGCACCAAGCUGCUGCUGCUGCUGCGCAACUGGUUUUCUGGUCGGUGACAUCGGAGACAGCACCAGCCCCUGCCCCAGGGCGCGUGAGCCACCAUGCCUCCUCUGAAAGUCUGCAUCGUGGGGUCUGGGAACUGGGGAUCUGCUAUUGCAAAAAUUAUUGGCAAAAAUAUCCAGAAAUCUAACAGGUUUGAUCCUGUUAUGAAGAUGUGGGUGUUUGAAGAAAUCAUAAAUGGGAGGAAACUCACAGAGAUCAUAAACAAAGAUCAUGAAAAUGUGAAGUAUCUUCCAGGACAUACAUUACCUAAAAAUGUGGUGGCUGUAGCAGAUGUCGUUGAAGCAUCGGCUGGGGCAGAUAUUUUCAUCUUUGUUAUACCCCAUCAAUUCAUUACACAAAUUUGUGACCAGAUUGUUGGUCACAUAAAACCUGGAGCAUUUGGCAUUUCACUGAUCAAGGGGGUUGACGAGGGUGCUGAAGGCUUGAAGCUCAUAUCAGACAUCAUUCGAGAGAAACUGAAGAUAGAAGUGAGCGUGCUCAUGGGGGCCAAUAUAGCCAGUGAAGUGGCUGAUGAGAAGUUCUGUGAAACCACCAUUGGGUGCAAAAAUGAAAAGCAUGGGCAGAUCUUUAAAGAAUUAAUGCAGACCCCAAAUUUCAGGAUUACCGUGGUGGAUGACUGUGAUACAGUGGAGAUCUGCGGAGCCUUAAAAAACAUAGUAGCAGUAGGAGCUGGAUUCUGCGAUGGACUGGACUUUGGUGAUAAUACUAAAGCAGCAGUCAUUCGUUUGGGCCUCAUGGAGAUGGUAGCCUUUGCAAAGCUGUUCUGCAGGGGUCCGGUAUCAAUAGCUACUUUUCUGGAGAGCUGCGGUGUUGCUGAUCUAAUCACUACAUGCUACGGAGGACGCAACAGGAAAGUAGCAGAAGCCUUUGUGCGGACAGGAAAAUCAAUUGAGGAGCUGGAAAAAGAGAUGCUGAAUGGACAAAAGCUACAAGGUCCUCAGACUUCAGCUGAGGUCUAUAAGAUGCUGAAACAGAAAAACAUGGUUGAUAAGUUUCCAUUGUUCUCCACUGUCUACCAAAUCUGCUAUGAGGGUAGGUUGGUCCACGAAUUCAUCUCUUGUCUACAGAAUCAUCCACAACACACAUAAGAAUUUCAUGUGGCUCAUCCGGAUGUGGAUUCAUCUCUUCUGGGCUUCUCUACUUGGUAGUAAACAAAAGCAUCCAAAUAAGUCACGUGGCACAUAACUCUUCUUGUAAAGACAAUGUAGAAUUUUUUUUUUGUACCGUCAGCCUGAAUAUUUCAGUAUCUCCAAGGAAGUAGGAUGGAUACAGGAUUUAAUAGCCUUAAUAUGGGUUUGACUUUGGUUGGUCUUUUCAGAAUCAGCCCUAGGAGAAUUCUUUUCUUUCCUGUUGCUUGUAAGUAAGGCUAAGAUUUUUGUCAUGAAUAUUUUUAGUAAAAGUCAGACAGGUCAUGGGCAAAACAGAGAAAUUCAUGGAAGCCAUGACCUGUCCAUGACUUUUACUAAAAAUAUCCCUAACAAAAUGGGGAUCUUCAGAUCCCCAUGCUGUGGGGCAGCGGUGCAGACGCUAGGAGCUGCCUGCAGCAGUUGGUGGCUGUAGGGUACCCCUGCUGCCUGCAGCUCCUGGUGUACCCCAGGUGCCAGGAGCUUGAGUUUCCCACUGAAGCCCAGAGCUGCCCACCACCCACAGUGUUUGAGAGCUUGAGGGUUCCCCUUGGCCUGCAGCGGCAGGGAGCUCGGGGGUUCCCCCCCAGCCCUGGCCUGAAGCGGGGGGGCUCCCCUCACAUACACCCCAGCACCUGGAAGCUGCAGGGGUUACCCCACCAGCUGGGGUGGCAGGGAGCUCAGGGCUCCUCUGCCACAGCACACCAAGAGCUCUGGUUCCCCCACUGCAAUGUCUGCGGAGGCUGGGAGCUCGGUGGUUUUCCUGCCACUGCCAGCAGGGAGCUUGUUCCCCAGCCCGCAGUGGCAGGGAGUUCCGGGGUUCCCAUGCUGCCCGCAGUGGCUGGGAGCUGUAGGGUACUGGCUGCCUGCAGUGGCUUGGUGCUCCAAGGGCCUCCAGAGGUAGCGGAGGUAUCCUGCAACUCCCUGUGCCAGCAGGCGGUGGGGACUCUGCAGCUCCCAAUCACCGCAGGCUGAAGUCACAGAUUCCGUGACCUCCAUGACUAAAUCGGAGCCUUAAUUAUAAGCAGUCCCCAAACUCAUUUGCCCCGCACCCGCGUCAAAUCUAAUUCUUGUGCAACUUAUCACUUUGCCCACUAAUAUUUCUCAUACAGAAACAGUGCAAAGAUGCAUGUAAUUUGGAUAAAAACACUUGGAAAAUAAAAUCAAAAUUAGUUAACUUUUCCUUAAGAAAAGACUACUUCACUGUUGUUAAGUGGACAAACAUGGGCUUAUACGGUUCCCCUAAAAUACAGUUGCAUUUCAAAAGCAAGGUGUCAAUACAAUUUCUUGCUCAAUUUGACAGGUUUCAGAGCGGUAGCCAUGUUAGUCUAUAUCAGCAAAAAAGAACGAGGAGUACUUGUGGCACCGUAGACUAAAAUUUAUUUGAGCAUAAGCUUUUGUGGGCUAAACCCCACUUCAUCAGAUGUAUUCAGUGGAAAAUACAGUAGGAAGAUAGACACACACAAAAUGAAAAAAUGGGUGUUGCCAUACCCACUAUUAUCUCCUGCUGCUAAUAGCUCACCUUAAUUGAUCACUCUCAUUACAGUGGGAAUGGCAACACACAUUUUUUUCAUGUUCUCUACUAUAUUUUCCACUGCAUGCAUCCAAUGAAGUGGGUUUUAGCCCACGAAAGCUUAUGCUCAAAUACAUUUGUUAGUCUCUAAGGUGCCAUAAGUACUCCUCAUUCUUUUUAUUCAAUUUGAUUUCCUAAUAGAAAACUCUUGUGGAAAAGGGUAAUUGUUACUCUAUUCAAAUAUGACUGACUGUUCAGUAGACACAAACAAAGCAGUUUACUAUAAUGAAAAUCUUACCUCUGAAGCUCCCAAGUGUCCUGCUGAGGGAUUUUCAUUAAAGUACAAGGAUUUUGGAGGGACUAAAUAACACUGCAAAAUGCAUCUGUUUAGCGUCAGUAUUUCUCAACAAUUGAUGCCUAGUAAUUACCAUUAGUCAAGAUAGUAAAAUAUAUCUAAGAUUGAUAAUUAGGGUCCAAGCUUCACCCUGAUGUAUACCAUGUGCAAUGUUGUUGAUUUCAAUGGGUUACAAGCGUGCAAAGAGGGGUAGAAUUUGGACAGUGAAGUUAAAGCCCUUGAUGCUUCAUUGCUACACAUGCACAAAAUAAUUGCUAUAAACGCAGACUUCCUAUGUAAGCACAUUGGUGAAUGAGUAUGCUGCAUUUUAACUCCAGGUAGGAGGUUCCAUUAGAGGCCAGUGCAACUUCAUGCAUCAUCCAGUAGAUAGCAAGCAUUGCAGCUACACCCCUACUGCUUUUAGAGAUUAAGCUAGCCAUUUCCAUCAUGCAGUCUACACUCAAAAACAUCUACAUCACUUCUGAAUCUCAAAUGACACCCAUGCUGACUCACAAACCAAUAUUUUAAUUUUGCUACAGUUGGCAGCCAGAUUAUAAGGCUGUAAUUUAACUUUUUGAACACCGUUUUAUAACUGUUUGGGUAACUUUGCAUACUUGGCUUUUAACCCUGGAAAACAUCAUCUAUGAAUGAAUUGUGGUACUUUUUGUAUUCCUAUCCUUCUGAAAAGAUACGUACAUUAAGAAAGGAUGUAACCUACUCUUUGCACAAAAUUGCCUCUAUUUCACAGUCAUGCUAGGGCAUAAGUUACUGUUUUAUAAAUUCUCUGUACAAAGACUGAAGUAAAAGAUUUUUACAUUAGAAAGAUUUUUCUUCCACAUUUUACAAGAACCCUGUUACAUCCUUGACACUGAUUUGUUCAGAUUAAAAAUAUAGAAACAUGGGAAAAAACCCAAAAAUCUCAGCCUUAAAAAUGAUCAGGAAACAGCCACACAACUCCCAUCCACUUCAAUGGAAACUGCAUGCCUAAAUCCCCUACACAGCUUUGAAAACUUCAACUUAUGUCUUUUUGGGGUUGAAUGUAAAUGUGUUGCAUGAUUUUUAAAUGGAAAUUACAAUCAUGGGUUUGAAGUUUUGGGCCCUUUCUUUGCUUCCCUUAGUCAGGCCAAACUCCAUUUGAAGUCAUUUUAAUAUUAUGUAGCAUUUUCAGGUUUAGCCAAUGUUUAUCAAGUAUGAGUUCAUAUAAGUAUAAAGGAAUUUAACUCUGCUAAAUUUAUAAAUAUUUGCUGUAAUUUCAUUCUUCAAAGGCACUGUUAAAAUAAUGGACAAUUCUAAUACAUAAAUUACUUUUUGAUUGUG